AUGAACACAAGAAAUGAUAUUGAUGAAAUGGUGAAGGCUGUAACUUUAGAAGGGGAUGUAAACCUUCUAUAUACAUUAAUUCAAGAGGAUCCACAUGUUUUAGAAUAUAUAGAUUCAAUACCAUUUGUUGAUACACCUCUACAUAUAGCUGCAUCUAUGGGACACAUCCAUUUUGCCACUGAAAUCAUGAGAUUGAAACCUUCAUUUGCUUGGAAGCUAAAUCCACAAGGGUUCAGUCCAAUCCAUCUUGCCAUGCAAAACCACCAAAAGAAGAUGGUUCUUCGUUUUGUAGACAUCAACAAAGAACUUGUUAGAAUCAAAGGAAGGGAAGGCAUAACUCCUCUUCAUCUUGCUUGUGAAAAUGGAGAAGUUGACCUUUUAGCUAAAUUUCUAUUUGUUUGUCCAAAUUCUAUUGAAGAUGUGAAUAUGAGAGGUGAAACUGCACUUCAUAUUGCUGUAAAAAAUAAACAGUUUGAAGCUCUUGAUGUCUUGGUUGGUUGGCUGAAUAAAACUCAUCAGAGAGGUUCUAUGAAGCUUGAAAAAUCAAUAUUGAAUUCUAAGGAUGAGAUAGGAAACACUAUUUUGCACAUUUCUGCUCUAAACAAUGACUCAAAGGCACUUCGAUUGUUAGUAAAGACGAAGAUAAACUUGAAGGCAAAGAAUUUCGAGAACUCAACAGCAUUAGAUAUAGAAGCCAGUGGUGAGAUCAAGGGUAUACUACUAAGUGCGGGAGUGAAACCAAGCUCGAAAGUGAAGGAUUCUCCCACACUUGCAGAAAGAUUAAGAUCAAAGGUGACAUUAAUGGAGAAGAUAUUAAUUCAUAUACUACGGAUUAGAAAGGAUAUAUCGGAAGAACAACGCAAUGCUUUCUUGAUAGUUGCUACUCUUAUUGCAACUGCUACAUAUCAAUCAGCACUAAGUCCUCCUGGUGGAGUUUAUCAAGGUGACGAUGCAACUGGUAGUUCCCACGGAAAAGUCGGUAAAUCAGUUAUUUCUGAAGGUGAUUUCUUUACCUUGUCCAUAUUGAAUACACUUUCACUUUUGUUAUCAACUAUGACAAUAUAUCUUUUGACACCAAGUGGGUUAGUUGGUGGCUUAUUGUUCACACCAAUCUUUUGGUUUGCUUAUUGUUAUGUCUAUAAUAUGAAGCUGAUAUCUCCUACUUCUGCCACCAAAACUUACAAUUUUGUUAUGGUACAAGUAUUCAAUUUCUUGUACUCUUUUGUGUAUUGGUCAUUUUUUAUUAUGUACAAGAGACUUAAGUUUAAUGGAGAAAAUAGGAAAGUCACAAUGGUGAAUAGAAUAGGAGGAAGUAUAUGGUAG